CUCUCUUCCAUCUUCACAUUGAACAGCGUCCUCUGCACUCCUCGGGACCGUACGGUCGCUACACCCCGAAUUCGCCUUCUUGGAUCCUCCCACACCAUCGCAUAUCCCCUGAUGGUGCCGCGGUGACGCCAACGAACGACACGGCACUCAGUUUGGUUUCCGUCUUCUGCCCUUCACCAUGCCUUCAUACUCCUCCCUCUCCCCUCCGAGCAGCGAGCAAAACGCCGGCCGAUCUCCCUCUCAAGACAGCCACGCCCGCCGGCGCAAUAACACCAAGCGAGGCGGCACGGCAGGCAACGCAUCAUGGGGGUCCUCCGUCGUCAACCUGGUCAACACCAUCGUCGGCGCCGGUGUGCUGGCCAUGCCGCACGCCAUGGGCAACAUGGGAGUAUUAUUGGGGGUCAUUGUCAUACUGUGGUCCGGCUUGACGGCGGGGCUCGGGCUCUACCUGCAGACGAGAUGUGCGCGAUACCUUGACCGAGGCACCGCGUCCUUCUUCGCCCUCAGUCAGAUGACGUAUCCCAAUGCUGCCGUGCUGUUUGAUGCGGCCAUCUCCGUCAAGUGCUUUGGAGUCGCAGUCUCGUAUCUGAUCAUCAUUGGAGAUUUGAUGCCCGGUGUGGUGAGGGGCUUCGCUCAUGCCGACCAGCUUGGAUCCGCAGCAUUUCUUUUGGACCGACGGUUCUGGAUCACAGCUUUCAUGAUCAUCGUGAUACCCUUGUCGUUUCUUCGCAGACUGGACAGCUUGAAGUACACAUCUAUCAUUGCAUUGUUCGCCAUUGCCUAUCUGGUGGUCCUUGUGGUCUACCACUUCGCAUCGGGAGACACGAGACCGGUCAGAGGGGACAUCUACUGGCUUCAAUGGCAAGGGCUCAUUCCUACGCUGGGAAGCUUCCCUGUGAUCGUCUUCGCAUAUACUUGCCAUCAGAAUAUGUUCUCAAUUUUGAACGAGAUUCGCGACAACAGCCCAUUCCGAACAACGGGGGUCGUGCUCGCAUCCAACGGGAUGUCGGCCAGCAUCUACGUCUUGGUGGCGGUCACCGGCUAUUUGUCUUUCGGGAGCAACAUCAUCGGCAAUAUCGUUGCUCAAUACCGACCAUCCGUCUUCUCUACCAUCGGCAGGGCGGCGAUUGUGGUUCUGGUCAUGUUCAGCUACCCACUGCAAAUCCACCCAUGCCGAGCAAGCGUGGACGCAGUCAGCAAAUGGCGACCCAAGCAACUGCGAUCCAAGCAAAGCUCCGACGAGCUCACUCCGGCCUCUGGCAGUCCGAGCCGUAGCUCUCUCUUGAACAAGAAGGUCGUCAUUCAGCCAAAGGCCGCGGAAAUGAGCGAGCUUCGAUUCGCCAUCUUCACCACCGUCAUCAUCAUCUUGAGCUAUAUCGUCGCCAUGACGGUGUCUAGUCUGGAUCGCGUGCUCGCAUACGUCGGCAGCACUGGAUCGACCUCGAUCUCUUUCAUUCUCCCCGGCCUGUUCUACUACAAGAUCAGCAGCCCAGACUCCCCGCAUCACCAACGACUACUCAAAGAUGAAGACGACGAGGACUACGACGGCAGCUCGGGCUCGGAGGACGGAAGCACGCAUUCGUCUGCGAACGCAGGCAAUUCAUCAUGGAGAGACAGCUGGAGACAAAAAGUGCGCGGGAGGCAGUGGAGCAGGGAACUGUUGCGGAAAGCCAGCUUGGCCCUGGCGAUCUAUGGCGUGCUGGUCAUGGUCGUGUGCUUAGUCACCAAUACCUUUUUCGUCGUGGCAAAUUGAUGAAGGGGACUGCGUUGUGGCUUGCAUAGUAGCGAUUCGAAUAGAUUUUAGAAGCCUCUGCCUGGUUGUGAGUGGUGCAACAACAGGGAGCAAAUGCAUCUCAUAGCUAAUGAUUCGGUGCCAACCCCG